AUUUGAGAAGUUUCUUUCUCUCUCUUCUCUCUUUCUCAUACACACACUCUCUCUCUCUCUCUCUCUCUCUCUCUCUAUCUCUCUCUCUCUCUCUCUCUCUCUCUCUCUCUCUCUCUCUCUCUCUCUCUCUCUCUCUCUUUCUCAUCAUCUAAUGUUGUUCAUGAUGAACAACAAGAACACCAUGCAUGUUCAUCCCCAUCCCCAGAUUCCGGCGAGCAACCACCGUCGCCGGAAAGUCCGAUCACUUCCAUCUCUUUUUUCCCUCAACCGUUCUUAAUAUCUCUCUGCCCUCACCAUCUCGUCCUUCACCGCCGCAUCCACCACAACCUCCACCACCACCUACAAAUCAAUCUCUGAAUCAGAACGUCCUAUCCGCUUCCGGUGAUGCCGCCGUCAUCAGAAUCACGUUAUUCUUCCUCUCAGGAGCCUGGAAAUUUUGUUAUUACUUUCCCCAGAUCUUACCAUGGUGGUUUCAAUCUUGGUCUGAAUUGUGUAGAGGCAGUCAAUUUUGCUCUAGCUGACUGGCUACCACACGGUUCAUUUGGAGUUGAUCUCUAUAAGCAGUUUCACAAAACAGUUGUCUUGUCUCAUGAGGAGCUUCUUUGUGUAGUAGCCCAGAACAAACGUGAACCAAAUGACUUGUGGCAGGAACCUUUGGUCCCUGCUUCUUCUUGGACACCAUGUUCUGAUCAGCAAAGUUGGGAACCUAAUGAGGGAAGUAAUGGAUACAUUUUGGUUACUGCAAAUGGUGGGAUCAACCAACAACGGGUAGUUGUAGUACUAAGUUGAAAGUUAAAACUAAUCUUUAAGAAUAUGUCAUGGCAGCCAUGGUUCUCAAAUAACAGGUUUACUUCUAAGUAAUUUGCUAGAUGUGGUUGAGGAGGUUCAGUUAGCUCGGGUAGAGAUUAGAAAUUUUGUCCAGGCUAAGUUCAAUUCUCAUUCAGUCCUGUCAAACUUCCGAUCUCACCGCAGCACGUGCCGUCACUCCUCUCUCCAUUAACCAACGCAGGAGAAGGAAGAAGAAAUUCUAGGGUUAGUAGUACAACAAAAUCAAACCUUCAUUCCUCUUACAAUUUGCUUUUCUAGUUUAAUCUAUACAUUUAUUUCAAAUUCAACUGAUUCUUUCUCAUUUUCUACAUACAUCCUCUUAAAUCUCCAUCUCCAUUUUUUAAUUUGUUUUUCAAAUUUGUUCUUUAACCAUUCCUCAGUUAAAAACACUACCCUAAGAUUUUGGUGGUUUUGUUUAAUGACUUUUAUUUAGGUUUUCAAUUUUCUGUUUUGAAUUUAUUUGUAAGAUUUGGUGAAUCUCAUUUAUAUUUUUCCUCUCAAAUGUAUUCUCAUUUUAUUCUCACCAUUUGGUUGCAUGCUAUAUUUGAAUAUGAUUAGCACAGUUUCAGCAAGAGGAAGGGGAAGCUAUGCCAGAAAAACUCUCACACAUGUCUUGAUCCAUAUGCUAGCAGAGUUAGUUGACCUCUUCUUUUUAUCUUUUCUUUGAGACUUUCCCUAUUGUGGGUUUAAGCGUAGUGAGAGAUAGAGAAAGACAAUUGUGUGUGAAAUGAGAAAAAUUCAAUCUUUUGUUUGUUUCUUCAAUAUUUUAGCAAUUGAAAUUUGGUGAUAAUGGAUUCUCUUGAAUAUUAUAGUUUCUUUGUAAGAUUUAGCUUCAGAAGCAUAUAAAAAUAUGUUUUUUUUUUCUUCUUCUGAUUGAUUAAAAAUUAGAUUUUUUUGGGGACAAUUUGUGACUUUGAUAUAGGGAAGAGGCAGUUGUGGAGUGGAGUAUUUCAGAAAUCAGACAGGUAAUCUGAUCUGUUUGCUUCUAUGUGUGUGUGUGUUAUAUGUUAAAUGCAGAGUGACUCAUCAAUAUAAGUGAACAUUCUAUGAUUUACUUACAAAUUUUAUGUGCUAUUUGUAUUCGUGAAAUUCCAUGUUUCUGUACUAUCAGAUGCUAUUUUGCUAAUACUACUGCAUUAAUUUUUUAUGUGAACUACAGAACAGAUUAUGAACUUGUGCUUUGUUUGUCAAGAUUAUUUAAACAAUCUUAUGUGAAAACUUUUGUGAUAGAUUCAUGGAUGGAUGGGUUGUUGGUUUUGAUAAGUUGUUUGUACUUAUAGCAAGUUAAAGUGUUGGAGUCCUGUUGUAUAAUCAAUAUAUUAUUAACUCACGUGACAUAUAGAUAUGCAAUUUUGGAAAUAUUGAUUAAAAGUCUUGUGUCCCUCUGUUGAAUUUUCUGUUUCACAGAUGAACUUUAUAUAAAAUUUGGAACUCAUGUUGGUGAAUCAUAAUUGCUACUUUUUAGGGGAGGAGGGAUAGGUAUGCAUGGUUACUACUAUUUUAUAGGGAUGACUACAUCAUCAUUGCUACUUUUUAGGAAGUCUUGAGCAUCUAAUCCUAUAUUUUUGAAUAACUCCUUCAUUAAUCCACACAUAUUUUCUCAUUGAUCAAAUACACCACUCUUCUAAUUUUCUUUUCUAUUCAUCUCCUCUUAAAUAAAUAAAGGGUUAGAAGAAGAUAGUUUUGACAUGUUGAGUGUUGAAGUAAUUGACUUUUUCUUCACGGAAAAUUGAUCGGUAUUUGAUUAUAUUUUAUCUUCUUAUGGUUUUUUUUUUUGCACUUGAAUUGCAGAGUAUUAUAGUAUGGGGAAAUAUUGGUGGUGCUGGAUAUAGGUUAAGGAAAAACAGAAAAGGAAAAACAGCCUGGAUAUUGGUGGUGCUGAAUUAAUUAUAUUUGUUAUACCGUGGAAGAUGAUGAGAAGGGCAAGGAACCAGAAAAGGAAAAACAGCUUGGAUGAGGAUGAGAAUAUUUCUCACUGAGUCAACCACCGACAGGAACUACAUGGUAAAUCUUUGUUGAUCCACUCUCUUUUGUUUCCUGAUAAUGUGAAGAAAAGAAGAAAAAAAAACAGGAACUUUCUAUGCAAAAUCAGGUUCUCCUUCUCUUUUUUUACUUAUCUAUUUUACUUUAAGUAAAGCUUAUGUGUGAAUCGUGUGAUAGAGUGAUGAACUCAUGAACCAAUGUUUUAAGUGGCCAAGGUUAAUAGCUAAAAAUAGAUUUCAUAUCAACAUGUGUUCAAAUUUGAAUCGUGUUAUUGUUGUUUGUUGGUGCUCUUCUGUAAUGUAAUCUAAUGAUUAGUCAUUAGUUUAUCAUUUUACAAUUAUUAUUACUUUUUUUGUGUAGAAGAUGUGACUGGUUUCCCUAUUAUCACUUCAAUUAAUUAUCUGCACUCUUGCAGUUACAAGACAGAUUGAAUGGGUUAAACUAAGGAUGACCAAGCCAAAAAGCCGAAGCGUUAACUGCUUUAUAAUGAAUUUGUGUAGUAACUGUAGUUGAAGUUACAGUUACUGUGCUCUUUCUUUAGAUUGUAGUCUUUUAUCUUGAUUACAUCUCAUGUAGCAAUUUGCAGGGGAUCAUCUACUUUAUAUUUAUUUAUGUGUACAUACAUGUCUAUGUUUCACUUUGACUAGGAUGUUGUAACUUGAACUUUUAUUGCCUAUCAUCUUUGCUUGAUCAAUUUUCAUGAUCUAAUAUGCAGGUUAUAUCUCAUGUCAAAAUUUCAUUUGAAAUGUGAGUGUUCCAGUGAAGGUAGUGUUGUGGACUGCGAUAUCUUAUAUAAUACUAGGCAAAGUUUCAAAUGGUGUUCCUAGAAGGUUGUUUUGUCUGCUUCCUUAGAAUUAUUUUGAUAGCAUGAUGAACAUCAUUCACUUUAGAUUCCAAGUCCAAUUUUUCAGAGCUUGUAAGAACAUUGAAUGAGGAAGCACUGGAUUGAGUAACAGUGCUACCCAAUGCACAAGCAGGGAACUUUAGAUUGUAGGAUAUGAUAGAAGAUUAUCAAUUUGGUUUGGGGCCUUAGAUCUAUAUGCGCCAUGAUUGCCUAAAGAGGGACCUGGAGUUUGAAGUUAUCAACCAAAUUAAUGGAAAAAAGGAGCUGUGAUUGUUUUUGAAUUAUUGUUUAGAGGAAGAGAGAAAUAGAUUGAGUCUAUGUAUUGAUGUUUUUCUUUAAACUAUAUCCUAAUGUACUCUUGCAUCCUUAUUGUGCAUUGAAACUUUUUUUUCUUCAUAUUGUCAUGAUAAUGAUAAUUUAUGUGGUUGUUUUUGUAAA